UGAUUGUGUUCGGAAACGACGUUUUGGUACCGAAGAAAGGGCGUUUCGUGGCAACCCAAUCUCAACCAGGAAGGGUGCUGCCAUGGCAUCGAAAGGGGCAUCGCGAAGAUCUCGAAGGCGCGGUCCUGCCUUGCGCUGGUGGUGAUACCUGCGCGUGUGCGAUUGAUGGAUGCGAUCGAUGGCAAUCCGGACGGAUCAUUUCGUUUCUAUGUGGUCAUGUUGGGCAUUAUCGCACUCAACAAACCAACGCUCGUGGUUGGGAAGAAAAGAAAUUAAGAGCGUGGACAACACAACUCUAUCUACGAAGAGGGUGUAGAUAUCCUGUCCUCGCCCGAUCCUCACAGUCUUUUUCAGAACAGUAGAUGUGAAAAAAUGUGUCGGGGAUGUUCUUUCUAAAUCUCGGUGAAGUUAAAAACGUCGUACGGUACGUUCGUUGAGAACAGGUGUGGAACAGUAUGUCUAGCAAAGCAACGACAACGACUUUUGUCUUCGAAUACUACCGUACGGUAUGGGCAGGAACGGUAGAUGUUCAUGAUCGCAAGACCACAAAUACUGUAUGGGAUUUCAAAUGGGACCUCUCGUUUUCGAAUACGUAUCCUAUCGUAGGAUGUGCUUGACAAUUCUAUUCUAGUUCCUCGUAAUCGUUUUGCAAUUUGCCUUGAGUUUUUUCGAAGAAUUUUCGUAAAUUUCGGUUCGACUCGUCCGACUUGAUCGAUCCGUUCCGGUUCAAAAUUGUUCGAAGAGAAAAUCCAAAAUCGGAUUCAGUCAGUCACAUCGGAUUCAGUCGUUCCCAAAGAAAGUUUGACGCGAUGACAUCUUUUUUGUCAAGGAGGGCAGAAUGUGGAGAUCAAGACUCACCCUAUCGCGGCACGAUUGAUCCGUAGUACUACUAGACUAGUACUCGUACUCGGCUACGUUCUGAACGUACGAUAGGAGACGGCGCCUGUCGUCGUCGUUGCUACUCUGAACAGCAACGAGUACUUGUACUCCCUACUGCGGUUCACAGAGAGAAAGAUCCAAGAAUUCCGAUACUCCUCCUACCGUACCCUUUCAAGACGGCAACAGCGAAGAAUCGAAUCGAGAAAGGAAAACCGUCGUCAUACAGUAUCGAUCGGCAUCAAAAGACUGAUUCUCGCAUAAACUGCACACCAUCGACAAUCCAUUUGGUAAGCCAUCAAAGCCAUCAGGGAUUAAAAUAAAGCAAUUACAACACACAACAUCAAAAAUUACUACAGAAAAAAGUAUCACAGCCAACGCAAGGAGCAAUAGCCACAUAGAAAGAACCAUGCCGUCGGAAUUCGAAAACAAGGUCAUCGUCAUCACCGGUGCCGGAGGGAACUUCGGCCGGGCGGGAUGCCUCUACUUUGCGAAGCGGGGCGCCAAGAUCGUCGCAAUGGACAACAACCCUUCGACGCUGGAGGAAACCGCCUCGCUGAUCAGGGCAGAGGCGUCGCUCGCGGAAGCAGAGAUACUCCUAGCCACCUGCGACGUGACGGACGCUUCGAGCGUUCAAGCCGCCGUGGAUUCUGCCGUCGAGCGGUUCUCGAGGAUCGACCUCCUCUGGAACAACGCCGGCUACCAGGGACAGAUCAAGCCGACGCUGGACUACGAUCCGAAGGACUUUGCACUGGUCAUGAACAUCAACGUGACGGGGAUGUUCAUCGUCUUGCAGGCGGUCGCGAAGCAGAUCGCCAGGCAGAGGGACGCCGAGGAGGGAACGCGGUCCUACUCGAUCGUCAACACCGCCAGCGUUGCGGGGCUGAGGGGUACCCCCGCCAUGGUGGCCUACGCCUCGAGCAAGGCGGCCGUCCUGGCCAUGACCGUGUCCACCUCCAAGGACCUGGCGCCGAUCGGCGUCCGGGUGAACGCGGUCAGCCCCGCCCUGAUCGGACCCGGCUUUAUGUGGACGCGGCAGAACGAGCUGCACGCCGGGUCCGGGUCGCCCUAUUUUGCCACGGAUCCCGAUACGGUCGCCAGGAACAAGGUCAACGGUGUUCCCAUGAAACGGCUGGGAACGAUAGAGGAAGUCCUCCAGUCGGUUGCCUUCUUGCUGAGCGACCAAUCGAGUUACACCACCGGAACCAACCUGGUGGUCGAUGGCGGGAUGAGUUCCGGCCUGAAAUGCUGAGCAAAAAUUACACUCUUUUUGAAAAUAUGAUUAAAAUAUUACGUUGUAAUACAAAACUUGGUGUCGUAGGGCAAUUUACUUUAUUGGCUCGUAUAUCCAAUAAGCUGUUCUCAAAAAUAACUUUAGUACCCUGCAAUAUCGCAGCAUCGAUGCUCCCCAUUGGAUUCUCUAGAAACGUAUUGCUGCAUUUAAAUACAGGUCGAACAAAAAGGACGAGGACGAAGAAUCGAAAAUUCUGGUCAUCGCUUUGUUAACAAGAUACAUUCUGCUGAUUAGGGUCCGGUUGACGUGUAGUACCCAAUUGCAACAAAUGAUUGACCAACCGUCAACUCUUGUUGAAGUAGUUUAUUCUCCGAAUGUCUCUUGCACGGAAAUGCGUUUGUGUGUAUUGCAUGAAAUCCAGAGUCAACUUCCAAAAUUAAUCGGCUCGGUGUUUUUAAACAAAAAUGAAGGUGGUUG